AUGGAUAGAGCAAAUCACUCUGUGGUGUCAGAAUUUGUGUUCCUGGGACUCACCGAUUCCUGGGAGAUCCAACUUCUCCUCUUUGUGUUCUCCUCUAUGGUUUAUGUGGCAAGCAUGAUGGGAAACUCCCUCAUAAUGCUCACUGUGAUUUCUGACCCUCACUUACACUCCCCCAUGUACUUUUUGUUGGUCAACCUGUCCUUCAUUGACCUGGGAAUUUCUUCUGUCAUUUCUCCGAAGAUGAUUUAUGACCUUUUCAGAAAGCGUAAGGUCAUCUCCUUUGGUGGCUGCAUCGCUCAAAUCUUCUUCAUCCACGUCAUUGGUGGCGUGGAGAUGGUGCUGCUCAUCGCCAUGGCCUUUGACAGAUAUGUUGCCAUAUGCAAGCCUCUGCACUAUUUGACUAUUAUGAACCGAAAAAUGUGUAUUUUGCUUACAGUUGCUGCCUGGGUAAUUGGCUUGACCCACUCUGUGAUUCAACUGGUUUUUGUAAUAACAUUGCCAUUCUGUGGCCCUAAUGUGUUAGACAGCUUUUAUUGUGACUUUCCUCGGUUCAUCAGACUUGCCUGCACAGACACCUACCGUCUAGAGUUCAUGGUCAUAGCCAACAGUGGGUUCAUAUCUCUAGGAUCAUUCUUCAUAUUGAUUGUCUCGUACAUUUCUAUCCUGAUCACUGUUCGGAAACACUCUUCAGCAGGCACAUCUAAGGCCCUCUCCACUUUGUCAACUCAUGUCAUGGUGGUGAUUUUGUUCUUCGGCCCUUGCAUCUUUGUUUAUAUCUGGCCUCACCCCACCUCACACCUAGACAAAUAUCUUGUUGUCUUUGAUGCAGUUCUCACUCCUUUUUUUAAUUCAGUCAUCUAUACAUUCAGGAACAAAGAGAUGAAAGUGGCAAUGAGGAAAAUGUGUAGUCGGUUUAUUAUUUAUAGAAGGAUUUCUUAA